UGUGGCGUCAAUGUUUUCACUGAAGCUUCACCCUUUUUCAGAACCGAAGCUUUGAGAGAGAGAGAGAGAGAGAGAAUAAUGCAGUGGGUGACGAGCGCGCAAGCACAAGUGCAUGUACAAGACGCAUCGACAACACCAACGAUGAUGACGACGUCGCCUCAGCCCAGCUACCAUCAGCCUACUUCCGUCGAAGAAGUCCGUACUCUCUGGAUUGGCGAUUUGCAGUACUGGGUCGACGAGAACUACCUCCAUAAUUGCUUUGCUCACACCGGCGAGGUUAUUUCAAUAAAGAUUAUACGUAACAAGAUCACUGGCCAGCCUGAGGGUUAUGGGUUUGUUGAGUUUGUUUCCCAUGCAGCAGCUGAAAGGAUUCUACAGUCUCACAAUGGCACUCAAAUGCCUGGAACUGAACAAACUUUCAGGUUGAAUUGGGCUUCUUUUGGCAUAGGGGAAAGACGUCCUGAUGCUGGGCCUGAACAUUCUAUUUUUGUGGGUGAUUUAGCUCCUGAUGUUACUGAUUAUCUGUUACAAGAGACCUUUCGAGUUAAUUAUCCGUCUGUUAGAGGUGCCAAGGUUGUGACUGAUCCCAAUACUGGACGCUCAAAGGGAUAUGGAUUUGUCAAAUUUUCUGAUGAGGCUGAAAGAAAUCGUGCUAUGACUGAAAUGAAUGGUUUAUAUUGUUCAACAAGGCCAAUGCGUAUUAGUGCAGCUACACCAAAGAAGACCACUGCGUUUCAACCAUAUGCUACACCCAAAGUAUAUUCAGUUGCAGCAGCAUAUCCCACACCAGCACCCGCUGUGCUUCCAGCAGAAAAUUAUGAUGUAAAUAAUACUACGAUUUUUGUUGGUAACUUGGAUCCUAAUGUCACAGAAGAGGAGCUAAAGCAAACCUUUUUACAGUUUGGUGAAAUUGCCUACGUCAAGAUUCCUGUGGGCAAAGGAUGCGGUUUUGUACAGUUUGGGACGAGAGCAUCUGCUGAUGAAGCCAUCCAAAAGAUGCAGGGAAAGAUGAUUGGCCAACAAAUUAUCCGCAUUUCUUGGGGUAGGAGUCCAACAGCUAAACAGGACGUACCUGGUAGCUGGGGUCAGCAAGUAGAUCCAAGUCAAUGGAGUGCUUAUUAUGGUUAUGGACAAGGCUAUGAGGCCUAUGCUUAUGGGGCUACUCAGGAUCCAUCAUUAUAUGCGUACAACUCAUAUGGUGGCUAUGCAAAUUACCCACAGCAGGUUGAAGGUGUUCAGGACAUGGCAGCUAUGACAGGAGCCGUGCCUGCUGUAGAUCAAAGGGAGGAGUUAUAUGAUCCCUUGGCUACACCUGAUGUUGAUAAGUUAAAUGCUGCUUAUCUCUCCAUUCAUGGAAGUACCAUUUUAGGACGACCCUUAUGGCAGAAAACCUCAUCACUCUCACAGCAAACUUAGGCAUCUCCAGCAUAACUUGGUUGAUAUUCUGGUUUUGAUCCAUGUUUUCUGGAGCUCUACCAGAUUAAGGUGUUCGUGAAGUUAUGCAAUCAGCAUGCGGUCUGGAGAAAAAGCAUCAAGUAUAUGUUUCACGUUGGUACACCAUGGGCACAGUUGGACUAUGAUAUUACAAUCUGGAGUAAAAACAUUCAGGAUGCUCUUCAGCAUACCAUGCUUUAGUGGAAUUUGAGAAUUUUCUUUUUAUUUACGUAGUUUUAUUGUUAUUUUUUUUACACUUUCAUAUUAUGUGGGCUGUGGAUGUCAAUACAGGAGACUGGCCAUUGGCAAAUUUUCAAGUACAGAUAUACUUUGAGCCACAUUUUAGACUGUUGCUUGCUGUAUGUUAUCAAUUUCAGAUUAAUCGACUCCUUUUCUGCCUAAA